AUGGAGCAACAAGCGCACUACCUCUACCUCUUCCUGGCUCUAGUCGUCCCUCUCCUGGUCCUCAAGCUGCUCAGGAAACGCGGCGGCGGCGAUGACGGCGUGCGUCUGCCGCCUGGCCCGUGGCAGCUUCCGAUCUUCGGCAGCCUGCACCACCUGGCCAGCAGCCCGCUCGCGCACCGCGUAAUGGCCGACCUCGCGCGCCGACUGGACGCCCCGCUCAUGUACCUCAAGCUCGGUGAGGUCUCCGUGGUGGUCGCCACCUCCCCCGACGCCGCCCGCGAGGUCAUGAAGACGCACGACGCCGUCCUGGCCACCCGCCCCUGGAACCCCACCAUGAAGAUCAUGAUGGCCGACGGCCAAGGCGUCGUCUUCGGCCGCUACGGCGCCCUCUGGCGGCAGGUCCGCAAGAUCUGCAUCCUCGAGCUCCUCAGCCCGCGCCGCGUGCAGUCCUUCCGCGGCAUCCGAGAGGAGGAGGUCGGCCGCCUCGUGUCCGCCGUCACGGACUUGGCGUCCACCGGCCAGCCCGUCAACGUCAGCGAGCGGAUCGCCGUGCUCAUCACCGACUCCGCCGUGCGCACCAUGAUCGGGGACAGGUUCAAGAAGCGCGAGGAGUUCCUGCAGAUCCUCGAGGAGGGAGUCAAGCUCGUCUCGGGGUUCACCCUCGGCGACCUCUUCCCCUCGUCGCGGCUCGCGGGCUUCAUCAGCGGCACAGCGCGGCUUGCACAUGAGAGCCACCGCAAGUGCUUCGAGCUCAUGGAUUACGCCAUCAAGCAGCACGAGGAGCAGAGGGCAGCUGCGGCCGCAAAGGGCGCGGUGGAAGAGGGAGAGGACCUGGUGGAGGUGCUCUUGAGGAUACAGAAGGAGGGUGGCCUCGAGGUGCCUCUCACCAUGGGAAUCAUCAAAGCGGUUAUCCUUGAUUUAUUUAGUGCCGGGAGCGAGACGUCAGCGACAACUCUCCAAUGGGCGAUGUCGGAACUUAUGAGGUACCCGGUUGUGAUGCAAAAGGCACAAGCAGAAGUACGCAAUAACCUCAAAGGAAAACCUAAGGUGACAGAGGAUGACUUGGCCAACCUCAAAUAUCUCAGACUUGUCAUCAAGGAGACGCUGAGACUGCAUCCACCGGCCCCGUUGCUAAUUCCGCGGGAGGCCAUGGAGUCGUGCAAAAUUCUGGGGGACCCAAAGCACUGGGCUGACCCCGAGGAGUUCAAGCCGGAGAGGUUCGAUUCUACCACCGUAGACUUCAAGGCCACAGACUUUGAGUACAUACCGUUUGGUGCGGGACGAAGGAUGUGCCCCGGAAUUGCGUUUGGACAUGCCAGCAUGGAGAUCGUGCUCGCCUCGCUUCUCUACCACUUCGACUGGGAGCUCCCGGAAGGGAUGAAGCCAAGUGAGCUGGAUAUGGUGGAGGAGAUGGGCAUCACUGUGCGACGGAAGAAGGACCUGAACUUGCAUGCUAUCGUCCGCGUGCCACUGACUUGA